UAGUUGUUCUGCCACAGUGAGAUAGCAGCAGCAAUCACUUCCUAGAGGAAGUCUUUCCCAAUAUCUCACAUUUAGUCAACAUAGCUCACACUUGAAGCCAUCUCUGUUGCUAUUUAGACGUAGACUUUAGAAUUGUUGACUAAAUACUACACAUAUUUACAAUGGAGUCUCAGAUGAACAAGGUACUUACAGAAGUAGGAGAAAAUCCUGAAGUGACUGGUGUAAUUUGCACUGACCAACAUGGUCUCUGUCUUGGAGUGAAAGGAAACCUGUCAACAUGCCAUGCUGGUCUAAUUACAUCCCUUGCUCAUUGUGGUCGUUCGUUACGGCAAGAUGAAACUCAUUCACCUGUAAUCACAAUGGAAUCUGAAGGAGGACAAAUAUUGAUGCUAAAAAGUACAGAAAAUGUCUCAUUUGGUAUCAUGAAGACAGCACCACAGAGCUGGCAUUAAUCUUAAAUUUUGUAAUAAACAAAAAUCUAAAAAAUAUUUUUUUUUUUAAAUCCUUUCAAAAGUUGCAAUGUGGACACUUUUCCAGUUUAUGUAAAAUAUAAUUUGUAAAACUCAAAUACUUAUGAAAAAAUUUUAUUAUUUGAGGUGAGCUUUAUUUUUUUGAAAAAUAAGCACCAAAAUGUAAUUAUGGCAUUUAUUAAAAUACAAGCAUUUUAUUUGCCAUUGAAGACUGACAUACUGUAGUAGUGCACAUAUUGUGUAUUUCUACUGCAAUUGUCUUUUAAUUAUCUUUUCUAAAUUAUGUAUGUUUUCUUUAUUAAUGCUCUAUAAAAUCAUAAAAUUUAUAAAUGCUAUCAAACUA